AUGUUCGCUGUCGAUGAACUACCCCGCAACAGCAACAAUGACUUAUCCCGCUCCUUUGGCUGUUUGGCACCUACUCCUGCAACGCCUAUGUAUUCCGUCACUACCACAUCUACCUCUGUGCCAGUGAGUUAUUCGACUUCCGGCACGCCAACAAGCUACAACGCUGCUGGUACGAUGAGCUAUACCACUCGAACACCACCUGCCCCGGUAACAACCAGCUAUGUCACUACUGUAGUGAUGAACUACUCCAUGACUCAACUCCUUACUCUGGCACCUAUGACCUAUUCACAACCUUCGUUACCCUCACCUGCUUUAGUGGGCUAUCCUGCUCCCCCGGCAGCCAUGUCUUUGCCAAUUUGCUAUCCUACACUUUCAGCAUCUACAUCAGCACCUAAUGUAUAUCCUGUGACUACGGUACCUUCACCCGUAACUAUGGACAAUCCCGCACCAAUGGCAUCUCCAACUGCACCAAUGAGCUAUUCCGCACCUAUGGUACUUUAA